ACCCUUCCAGUCUAACCAGGAGAACAACAGCAGGGCGAAGUGCGGAGACUUUACUGAGCUCAAGCUAGAGAUUAUCAAAGCAGGAUUUCUGCUGUUUUUGCAGAUUUUUGGUGCACUUGCAACAACUGAGAAUCAAUUUUGUCCAUUUUGGUGCUGAACAGCUACAGAUAUCGUCAUCACCCGACACCGUUCAAACUAUUCUACAAGCUAAACCUUGAGUGAGUGUGACAGUGACAAUUUCCAGUAGUUUCCAAUGAGUCUCUGCGCUACCUGAGAGGGACAGAUGGAUGCUUUUGAGGGAAUUCAUAGCGUCCAGAUUUCCUCCUCUCCACCAUCUUCAACUUCAUCGAACCCGGGAUAUGAAGUCCUCAAAGCGGGAAGAUCAGGAAUAGCAGUAUAUUCCUCCACCGUCUUCUUUGGGACUCCUGAUGUAGCUGCAGUCAGACAUAAGUCCAGCAGAGUCACUGAGGAGGGAGGCUGCGUUGUUGGACGGCUGGUAGAUCUGGAUCCAGAGCCAGAGUCCAGAGUGGAGGGAGGAGGUCAGGCUGGGCCCACCUCAGGCAGAGGUCAUGGCCAGCUCUCCCGACUCCGCAGCUCCUCCCUGGAGAUCAAAGAAAAGGAAAUAAGAGAAAAGGGGUCAGAGAUCCUUAGGGAACAGCUGGACGCCGCAAAGAAGGAACUGAAACUAAAAGACAAAGAGUGCGAGCGUCUGUCGCAAGUCAGGAAUCAGCUGGAACAGGAGCUGGAGGAGCUGACGGCCAGUCUGUUUGAGGAAGCUCACAAGAUGGUGCGUGAAGCUAAUGUCAAACAAGCAGCAGCAGAGAAACAGCUUAAGGAGGCUCAGGGGAAGAUUGACGUUCUGCAGGCAGAGGUGACGGCGCUGAAGACUCUGGUGUUGACCUCCACACCUUCUUCACCAAACCGCCAGCUGCAUCCUCAGCUGCAGUCUUCAGGUACCAGGGGAGCGUACAAGCACGUCGGCGGCCACGUUCGGAACAAGAGUGCCAGCGGAGGCUUUCCAACUUCAUCCGGAAAACCAGAACCUUCACCUGUUUCUGUUCAGCCCAAAGAGGACCGAGAGCCUACUGCUCCUGCUCUCCUCUCUCUGAUUCUCUGCCUGGUACCUGGACACUCUGUCAGUGUCAACUAUGACCCUUCAUGGCAGCAGCACAGAGAGGGGCUGGGCACAGACAGCAGACAGAUAGACUCAGUUCUGUUUGCUGAGUUUUUGAUGUGGAAAGAACAUCCGAGUCUGGACCGUUCCUCUGCCUUCCUGAGUCGAAUUUAUUCAGAAGAAAUCGGACCCUGCCUCUCCUUCACACGAUCAGAGCUGUCCCAGCUGGUUCAGAGCGCAGUGGAAAGCAACUCUCUGACUAUCGAGCCUGUGGCCAUGUCAGCGUUACCGAUGGUUAAAGCCUCGGCGAUAGAGUGUGGAGGUCCUAAUGGCUUUAGGGCUGCAGUAGAGACAAAAUGUGCAUUAAGUGGCAUGUCGCGACUCUGCCGACAUCGCAUUAAACUCGGCGACAAGGGGAGCUACUAUUACAUCUCUCCUUCCAGCCGUGCGCGGAUCACGGCCGUCUGCAAUUUUUUCACUUACAUUCGGUACAUCCAGCAGGGCCUCGUGAGACAUGAUGCGGAGCAGAUGUUCUGGGAGGUGAUGCGUCUUCGCAGAGAGAUGACUGUGGCCAAGUUAGGUUUCUAUCUCACUGACCAGGGCUAGAGGUCUUGACUGUCCACUGAAACACCCAACAGGACAACAUAAUCCCAGGAUUUUGAUUACUCAGAUCAGUAACUAUGGUAACACACAGGUCAGUUUUUGAUCAGGUUGUACAGCAUUAGUGCUGCAGCAGAGUUCAACCAACAAGGGAAACAGUAAAUGUUCAUGUGCCACUUUUGGAAAUAUGUAAUGAGACAAUUAGAAUCAAACCAGCACAACAAGAAAGACUUAAAAUUACUUUAAAGAUGACGUUUAAACCAGAAAUGUUUUUUUUCUGUCGUACCGCAUGCCACCAAACUAACUACUGUCUUCCAGUAAUCGUUUCCACUAGUAUAAAGGAUGUUUUUUUUAUUGUUGUGAGCUUUUAAUCUCCCGGGUGGAGAAAACACAACUUCACACAGUAGAUUCUAUGUGUCAUGUUUCAGGCGUUAGUCUGUUGAAAUGAUGAGCACAACACAGGACGGAGCCUAGAGAGUUUAGCUGGUCGUUUACCUCAAUUAUUACAACUAUGUAAUGUUAUAUUGUUUCCACAAAGCAGAGAUUCUCAUUGUUUUCUAGCAUCUCAGUUCGUCAUCAGCUCGAACACCACAGCCAAGACCUUCUUUCUCAGCAUGGCCUUAAUUAUGUUGAUGCACUCUUGCACUUCCUGGUCUUGAUGCCUUGUAUUAAAACAUAAAUUAGCCACAUUCAGCCUCUUGUAAGAAACAGCUUCAUGUUCGGCCUGGACUUAGUAAUCACAUGUAUUGUUAACAAAUUAAUUAUUAGACCUCCAUGCACAAAAUAGAGGGAGCUUUACAACAUAGACAGAAAAAUGGAGCUUUAAUGCAAGUGAUUACAUGUUUCAACUGUAGUUUUGCACGUCUACAAUGAACAGUAUGUACAUAGAGUAAAAGCCAUACAUGACUUUGCAUGAAUGCAAACCAUAGCCAUAUUACACAGUGUAUACUUGUUGUACCUCAUAGUCUAGAUUUGUUAUUAUUAAUGGCCAAUUUUUUACAACAAACUCUUUUGAAGGUGAAAAUGAAGAAUAUUGACAGAAAGUGCAAUAACUGCUUCUCAGCCUUAUUAAAGGCUUUGAGGUUCAUAAUGUCAGUGUACUGAUAAUUAACUGUAAACGCUCCAUUAAACACAAGGCAUUGUAGCCUGACUAUCA